GAUGUUGAUGCUGGCAAAAGAAAAAUCUUGGGUGAUGUUAUUUGCAUUGCUUAGCUACUGACGCGCACACGAAGGCAACUCAUUGUUAUUUAUGGACUCUUAAAUGAGGUACCAUUUUCGUUUUGAAUUAACAUUUCAAAAACAAUGUUUUACCUUGUAGAGGACAUUUGGUUUUGGAGGCAGAAUGGCCCAGAUUAAUUAAUGUUUUCGUAAUCAAGUUUAGGUAGCUAACGUUAGUACGGGGUAUUUUUCUUUCACAUAAGUUACUAACGUUAGGUAAUGGAUUUUCAAAGAAAACAUGAUGGAAUUGGAGAUAAUUCGUGCUCAAUGCUCAUUGUAUAUUGUGUAGCUAGUUGUGUGCGACACUGCUAGCUAGUAACCUUAAUUUCUCUGUGGCUAACAGUAUCUUUAGCUAGUAAACAACGUCGUUCGCCCUUAAGUAUUCGACAAGGCAUUCCACACAGAACUUCUCCCACCCGCAGUCGAGGAUCUCCAAAACUCGGUCUUAACUUGAUACCAAUGCGUGGGAUGAUGGCUCCACAGGGCAGCCCUGUCAAGAGUUACGACUACCUCCUGAAGUUCUUGCUGGUUGGAGACAGUGAUGUGGGGAAAGGAGAGAUCCUAGACAGUCUGCAGGACGGAUCAGCAGAGUCUCCCUAUCCCUACAGCAGUGGGAUUGACUACAAGACUACCACAAUCCUGUUGGAUGGGAGAAGAGUCAAGUUAGAGUUGUGGGAUACGUCUGGACAGGGACGAUUCUGCACAAUCUUCCGGUCAUAUUCACGUGGGGCACAGGGAAUCCUGCUAGUUUAUGAUAUCACAAAUGGCUGGUCGUUUGAUGGCAUUGACCGCUGGAUCCGGGAGAUCGAUGAGAGUAGUCUAAAGAUGGUUUCAUAUAGGCCUAGUAGCAGCACCAUUUCACCAAGAGAAAUUCCUGGACAUGCAAAUGUAUUUACAGAAGAAAGGUGAUUUCUGCUGUUCCUGUUUCCUGCUUUGAGAAGGCCGGUGUGUUUCCUGUUCGAACAGGCAUGCCCCGGGGGUGCCCCGCAUCCUAGUUGGCAACCGGCUCCACCUGGCCUAUAAGAGGCAGGUGCCCACGGAGCAGGCC